GGUCAGAACACUUUGACAACUUAUCAACAACAGGCACAGCAAUUACAACAAUCACAACAAAAUCAGCAGUUACAAGUUCAGCCAGUUACCCAGGUUCAACCAGUCCAGCAAACGGCAAAUCAAUGGGUUGAUAACGCUAGAUACAACAAUGGGAUAUCGGGAUACACAGCAACGCCAAACCGACAAGGAUAUUACAACACUCAGCAGGGAUAUAAGGGAUGUAACCGAUGUAUAAUGAAUUCUCGGUUUAGCGAUAUUACAA